CUUGAAAACAAAUGCGAUCGACCUGUUGAGCCUGGUCCAGGAUCAGUUCAGCUGGCUGUUCUAGUGCUUGCGCUUGAAGACGAGCGCGCUGUGCUGAACUGGUCCAGAGUCAGUACUGGUCCAGGUACUCCCAACAGUCGCGGAGUCUCUUUCUCGGUACCAGAAGUGUUGCCACACAAACAAACGGCCUGGAUCUGAGUUCUCAUCGGUCGAACAAUGCCUGUUUUAAACGGAACUUCGGACAUUUGGAUCAAAUCUCAACGGGCCUUUACUUUUCCCGCUGGAGGAACUACACGUUAAACUUUUAGUCCGGGUCGUUGAAGGCUGCGGUUCUGGGUUGGUUCUGAGUCGGUUUUAUUGUCCGUAAAGCUCUCCCUGCGCUUGGACUUAUUUAUGGACUGUCUUUGUGGUGGAGGAGAUUCCAGGAAGACUACCCAAAGACUUCCAGACUUCAGGAGUUCAGCGGAACAAACAUUACGCGUCAGUGAACGCCGCAGGUAGCUAACGUUAGCUAGCAGGUUAGUUUAAUACGCGGGUUUUAACGCCAUAAAAGACAAAAUAAUAACCGUGGCUGCUUUUAAACUGUGAAACACCCAGACAACCUCAGCUGGAUAUUGUAUUAAAGGACCUCUUUUUCUGGUUGGCUGUUUCUUUACAAACUGUAAGUUAGCCAUCGCUCGGGCUAACUCAGCCGUUAGCUCCUGCUAGCUGCAGCGGCUAACGUCCAGUGUAGGUUGUCCACUAGCCGUUAGCUCAUGCUAGCUGCAGCGGCUAGCGUCCAGUGUAGGUUGUCCACUAGCCGUUAGCUCGUGCUAGCUGCAGCGGCUAGCGUCCAGUGUAGGUUGUCCACUAGCCGUUAGCUCAUGCUAGCUGCAGCGGCUAGCCUGCAGACAUGCCGCAGCUGAACGGAGGAGACGAUCUGGGAGCAAACGACGAACUGAUCGCCUUUAAAGAUGAAGGAGAACAAGAGGAGAAGAGGAACGUUUCCUCUGAACGAGACCUGGACGAUGUCAAGUCGUCUCUGGUUAACGAGUCCGAGUCCAGCUCAGACUCCGAGGCUGACAGACAGUCUAGAACUAACUCCGAUCUGGAGAACAGGAUCCGACAAAAUCAUCUGUUUCAAGAAGCCUUGAGGAGGCAGCAGGAUGGAGGUCUCUUCCAGGUCUCUUCUUCUCCUUUUGUUGGAUAUCCCUUCUUCAUGAUCCCAGACCUGGGGAACUUCUGUAGUCCUUACCUCUCCAACGGAGCCCUGGCCCCCAGCGCCAGGACGUAUCUCCCGUUUCAGUGGCCUCUGCUGGACGUCCCAGGAAGAGCAUCUGUGCGGGACUCUGCUGCUCCAGCUCACCUGUCUAACAACAUGCCGAUGGUGCAGCACCCUCACAUGACCCACCUCCACCCACUGCUGUCCUACAGCCCCGAGGCCUUCUCCCCCCAGAGGGCUUCACCUGGCUUCUCCCCUGACGCUGGUAUGUCGAGGACCCCCUGCUACCCAGUGUCUCCUGGAGGCAUGGCCCAGGUCCCUCACCCUCUGGGAUGGCUACAGGGACAGGCCGUGUACCCACUGGCUGGAGGCUUCUCCCCAGCUGCUCUGGCUAUGAACGCCUCCAUGUCCAGCCUGGUGUCAGGUAGCUUCUCUCCACGUGUACCAACCCCCCAGUCCACAACUUCUCACUCCCCCUUUGUCCCUUCGAGGGUGAAACAGGAGCCUGGAUGCAGCAGCCAGAACGGAAGAUCGAUGUCGGACGUCCUGCAGGACAAAGAAGACGAGAAGAAGCCUCAUAUCAAGAAGCCGCUGAACGCCUUCAUGCUGUACAUGAGAGAGGAGAGGCCCAAAGUAGUGGCUCAGUGCAAAGUUAAAGAGAGCGCCACCAUCAACCAGAUCCUGGGGCAGAGGUGGCAUUCUCUGUCCAAAGACGAACAAACCAAAUACUACGAGCUGGCUCGCAAAGAGCGACUCCUCCACUCCAAGCUUUACCCCGGCUGGUCAGCCAGAGACAACUACGGUAAAAAGAAAAAGAGGAAGAGGGCAAAGAGUGAGACUCUGUUUGAAAAUGAAGAGGGCUUUCCUCCAGAGCUGAAGAGAUCUUGUGACGAGACGCCUCACACACACUCUGUGCCGACUGCACACACACAACCCCGCCCCCACCUCACGCAGCCCUACACCGUCUCCCACCUGACGCACACACACCUGUCCCAAGCCAGCCCGGCCUCGUCGCUGGACUCCCCGGCGACGCCCACCACCGCCCUGGCCUCGCCGGCGGCCCCGGCGCCGACCCACACGGAGCACACGCACCCGUCCUGCUACGGCGGGCCGGCGUACGGCGAGCAGCUGCAGCCGCUGGCCCUCACCACCAAACCUCACCGGACCCUCCUCCCCGUCACUCCAGGACCCUCUACCCCCACCUCCUCCUGCGACACCCCCAUCUCCUCCCCACAGGCUCCUUCCAGGUGUUCCCCCCCUCCUCCACCCAUCCUCGUCCCACCUCCCACCACCGCUCAGUCACACGGUGCCUUAAGUCAGUCCUGCAGAAGAACCAGUCGGCUGUGAAUCUUCAAAUAUAUAAUACAACUUUUUUAAUGCUUUUAAAAAAAGUUUAUAGAAACAUUUUUUAUAAUGAAAUGGACAAAUAGCUAGUCAAUAUUUGGCUGCGUCUCUCACUUUAUGAAACGGUAUUUUCUUGCAAACUUAUUUUCACUUUUUCUAAUUCCAUGAACAAUCCACUUGUUAAGUGAGGUGAGGCACUGUGUUUUUCAGCUAAAAGCUUCCUUUUACCUGUUAGUAUUGAAUGUAAAUCUAUUUUCUGGUUCCUCUGUUAAUAAAUAUUCACUGAGUCCUG